AUGCCGAUACUCAGCGAAGAGGAUCUCGAACGUUUCCGCACUAAGGUUUGCACCCUGGCUUCGUCUAUGCGUUGUGACUUUGGAGUGGAGAGAUGUAACUAUUCGCAUAAUCUGUACUGGGCGCGAAGAUGUCCUUUUUAUCUUCGAGACUCGUCAAUUCUGCGUUACAUACCCGCAUGCUGCCCUGACGUAGAGUUGGGACCAGGUAGCGCCAUUCUAAAGAACACUUGCCCUCGUGGUAACAACUGUGCGUUUGCUCAUUCGCUGGAAGAGAUGCAUUACCAUCCUCUAGUGUAUAAAACGCAAGUGUGUUCGCAAUACCGCGAUGGCAAUUGCCGGACUUACUACUGCCACAUGGUACACGGUCUAGCCGAGUACCGUGUGCCACGCCAGUUCGUCUUGCCGCGUAAACGGGGAUUAAACAUUCCUGCAUUCGAGCAUGUGACAAUAAUAGAUAACAUCCGCAACUUUCAUUCACAGUCUUCCACUUAUGCUCUGAUUAGGGAAAGGUUGUCUGGCAAAAGUGACACUGAUCCAAGAAUAUCAGUCAUGCCCCUAAGUUUCUUACAUACAAGCCAACCAUCUCCACAACUGCUCAAUUUGCCCACUGGACAAAUGCAAUGCAAAUUCCAAGUACAUAGUACCGACCAAGGAAAAGCAGUGUCUAUUGCCAAUGGAGUGGCCUCAUGUGUUACCAACAACCAAACCCAGUAUUAUUCGGGGUGCACAUUUCAACCAAAUGCUACUCAGCCUGGAAAUCAAGCUGUAAACCGUAUGUCUAGUAAGGAAGCACUUCUCGAUGCUCUGUCUUCCGAUCCCGGUAAAUCCGAGGGUGUCGAGAAGUUGAACACCAUUCGCUGGACUGAUGACAUGGUUGAGACAAGUAGCUACUCCGGCAGUAGUAAGAUGGAUAGCUCAUCAAGAUUCCCUUUGCUAUUCUCUGACGAGUCAUCUAGCGAGAAGUCCGCCACGAUGAAACGUGAACCUGAUGAUCUGUCUAAGAUAGCUGAAUAUUCAAGUUCGUUGAGAUUGACUAGCCGUGUGGAUGAUUCUGUAGAGCGCUUAGCCGAUGGCUCCACCCCAUGGUUCGACCGUGUGAACAAUGCCGCCAGUACUUCAGCAGGUGCUCCUACACCUACUUACACGAUUUCUAACCUGGAUACCAUCAUUCAGGCAUCUAUGGAAGAGUCCGAUGCCAAGAAUGAUGCAGAUGCGGAAAGUGGUAACCAGAAUCACUCUACUUCUCAGUUAAUUAACUACUUUGGCGGUCCGAAUGUUGUUCGCAAUAUCUCUGGAUGGAAGGGCAGUUCCACAGUCCCAUUGUCACUACAGUGUGCCAGCGAGGAUGGUGUGAUUAACGAAGAAGUUACCCUUAAAGACAUCAACAAAGGGCUAUUAGGGCAUGUUUAUAGGACUGUUGCUCAGCAGUGUGAAUUGAUCGCCGGGAAGUGCGUAGCAACAUCCAAUGAUCGUUCUAACUUAAGUUCUAUCUGCAACGACGCACACAAUCUAUGGCAACUUUUGGUGAGCAUACAAACACUUCUGUAUGAAAGUGAAUCCGGCAAGCCUGAAGAUGUAGCCAACAAGUGUCAAAAAGGACAUGUAGACACAGCGGCAAGAAGAUGGACCGACAUGAGUAGCUUUUUAUCUGAUUUGGUAGAUGCCUACGAGUCAGAAAAUGCAAAAACAACUACCAUAGAUACCAUCGGUGCCGAAGAUUCUGUGUCUUGUUCAGCAGAUGCCCAGUAA